AUGAUAAUAUGUUUUGUUAUGUUGUGCUCUGCUUUGGACAUUGUUCCGUCUAUCACGGUGUUCCGCCAUUUUUAUGCAACAAUAUCCACCGGGGAUUGGCUGUCUUUCUCUAUUCAUCAUGUUCUAGUGGAGAUUUGUGAUGGGAUUUCGAGUUCUAUCAAGUAUUGGAAAGAAGAAUUCUUUUGCGUUCAUGCUUCAGCCUUUCCUAGACCCAUGACUUACGGUGCUUCUGUUGAUAGGGCUACUGAUCCUGCUCCUGAAUUGACCCCCGAGGAGCAAGAUAUCGUUUAUCGUUUGUCAUAG